AUGCAACUCAAUAUCAUACUUUUAACAUUAGCCUCAGUUGCUUUUGUUUCUGCCAACUCCUACUCCAACUCCAACUCCAACUCCAAAGCCAACUCCAAAGCCAAAACCAAAUUAAAACCACAUCAUAAGGAAAAUACUACAAUAAAUGCAACAAAUGUUUCUACAACCACUACAACCCGAGCUGGUGGUGUGGUGAAUGGUAUCAAUAUUGUUGGCGCUGCUGCUGCUAUUGCAGCUGGUGCUGUAUUGCUAUAG